AUGCAAGCUGUGGCUGAUGCAACAAGGAAAUUUGUGACAAUCGAAGUAGGCGGUCGAGGCAAGCAAAGUGAUGGUGGUACUUUUAUUGCAUCAACGCUGUAUAAGCUUAUAGAAAAAAAUAAAUACGAAAUUCUUAUGCCAAAGAGACUUCCGAAUUCUGACGUCAGUGCGCCCUACGUCCUAGUGGGUGAUGAAGCAUAUCCGUUAAUGCAUUAUUUAAUGCGCCCUUAUCCUGAGCGAGUACUCAAUAAUGAAAGAAAAUGUUUUAACAUCAGAUUAUCUACCGCUAGACAAACAAUUGAAUGCGCAUUUGGUAUUUUAACAUCUAAAUGGAGAAUACUACUGAAACCUAUCGAAACAGACAGAAAAAAUGCCUUGUCUAUUAUAAAAGCUGCGUGUAUACUGCAUAAUGUCAUAAUGGAUUUAAACGGAGAUCUCGAUCUGGAUGUCCAACGUGUGCUAUCUAACCCGCCAAUAUAUGAAAAUCGUCACAGAAGCCUUGGAGUAAAUAAUAACCCAUCACGAAGAGCAAAACACGUUCGUAUAAAAUUCACAAACUAUUUCUGGGAACAAUAUCAAAGAUUGUAA